AUGGAAUCGACUCGGCACUUCGUCUUGGAGCACGAGAGACACAAAAUGAAGACACUACGACGUCCAUUAACAAGAAACGCUGCAAUGCUGUACUGCAUACGACGUCUUCUGGUUGUUACUUUUCUACUGUUGAGCGCUAGUGACGCACGUCGUGUCGUAGCCGAGCCAUCGCAUCCAUAUCGUCGGGUGGAGAUUCGCGUGGAAGAUUUUUCGUUUUCGGAGGGAUCGGAGCAGCAGCAGCAAGAGCAACAGGUUGUCAUUGAAGCUCGGGAUAUUAAAGGGUCAGAGCUCAAGCCGUGGCCGUCAGAUGACGAUCUUCAUGUCAUUACGUGGGAAAUGACAGACGAGACAGACAAGAAGGUUUGGUCUACUAGAGAAAUGGAACCAAUCAAAAAAAGUCCAAGCGCAACAGCUGCAGUCGUAGAAAAAGAAGAUGACGAGGUUAUUGAAGUAGCUGACAUUGCUGCGAAAGCAGCUGUUGCUGAAGAAAAUGAUGAUGCAGCAAUAAAGAGAUACACGGCAUAUCGCACGGCUAUGUGGUGGUGGAGUGACGAGAAGACUGAGUUGUCGGCCCAGGAACAGGCUGCAGUGCUAGUUGUAGUGGUGGUGAUACUGCUGGUCAUUGGACUGGCACUUGCAGUGCUCUGGAACCUGGCGUGGUUUGUGUGGCGCUUUUACCGGGAACGACAGACACUGUAUAAGCUUUUCAGUGAGCAGAAUCCUGUGGUAUUGGAACAAGAGCUGCGUAAAUUCCCGGUGGAUUUGCUGUCCUUGUGUAUUAAACAUAUUGCUUGUGUGAGGUUGCGGCAUUUACAAGUAGUGUCUGAUGCACGAGACUUAAAAAAACAGCUUGAGACGGUCGAGUUUCGUGAAAUUGAGAUGGAAUUAGUGAAUAUGCCACUGCAUGCGACAAGUCGGAAGGAAAUGACGUUUGCAGAGAUCUUGACAACUGUUGAAGAAAUAACGUGCAGGGCGGAACAGGUAGCUGUGGAAAUGAUGCAGUUAGUAGUCCCCCCACGCUGGAAGAAUUACGUGGACGAGAGCUCAUGGCUAAAGGUUCACGAUGAGAGUUUACAAAAUUUGCAUCUGGAAAAUGCGCGCGUCCAGCAGCUCGCUGAGAAAAUCUCAGAACUUCUCGUGGCGAAAAUAAAUUCAAAUGAAGCCAUUCCAAAGCCAGUCUUCCUGCUUUUGCUUGCGUCGCUCCGACAGAACUCAGGAACCCUGCCACAAAACUGUGCUAACGCGAAAGUGACGACUAGUGAGCUAGACGCAUUCGCACGAUGCUGGAGCGGAAGCAUGACAAUGAGUGGUAGUGUCGGAAAUCUUGGCGGCAGUAAGAACAAGGAUGAGUUUAGCUUCUUGCUCAAAGCAUAUGACGAGGUGGCUGAGCAACAGAAAGUUCGGCAGGAAUUACUAGGCGCUAUCGAGAGCUUCCAGCCCACAAAUGAACCGGAAUAUGAACAGCUAUUACUGCUGGAAAAUGCAGACAGUGCGAGCAGCAAUCAGAUUACUCGACAGACGAAGCAGGUUGGCACCGCCAAAGCAGCUAACAGCGGAGCCACCGCAGCGUCCAUGCGUCGCCUUGAGCGAUGGGUGGAUGAAGCAGAGAUGAUGGAGAUGACGUACGUCGAGGAGGUUGAAAAUGCGCAGUUCAUGCUGGAGGAUGCCCGACGUGACAGCUUCUGCGCAGCUGUUGUCAGCAACGACGGUAAGGGCCUCGACAGUGUCCAGACGUUAGCAACAAACUUUGUCGCGCUUGGUGCCAAGCGUGAAGAUGCUAUCCUGAAAGCUGGUGAAAUUCUAGCGAACCGCUCGAAUAUGAUGCUUUUGGUAAACAGUCUUCGAGGCAUGUUUGACCAGCUGCGUAAGCGCGAUAUCAUGAAGAUGAAUGAACGACGAAACCGUGAUCGCGCCAAAGCUCAAGAUAAGCGUAAUCGCGUGGCUCAAAAGCUUCAAAACAAGCAGCAGCUGAUUGUCGAAAAGAUUGAGCGAACACGCGAGGCCCAGCGACAAAAGGAAGAGGAAGCACGACUUCAGCGACGGAAAGAGGAACUGAAGCAGUUCAACGCACAAAAUGCUCGGAAACGUGCAUCAUUCGUUUGGGUAAUAACCAAAACUGACGUGUUUGUGGUGCUGGUAAUCAUGGCUGUCGUAUUUUUUGAAAAUUUGCGGGAGGUGGCUUUCGUAAAACCUUUGUGCCAACCUGAUGAGGAUCACUGGUGGACGGUUUCCUGGUGGACACCGGCAUCACUUCAAGUGUUCAGUUGUGAAGUAACUUACGGGCUGAAAAUCCUGGGUAUCCUUUUGGCGUUUGGAGUAAUUUUCUUUGCUGCUGCGCAGCUCAACCUCGUGGCUGUAAUACUACCAGUACUGGGGGCGAUUGGCCUCUACUAUUUGCGCGAUGAAUGGAUGAACAUGCUCUUUCGCCUACCACUUUUGCUCGUCAUCUACGGCUAUAACUCAGCUAUUCUUUACCUGUUCAAUCGCUUCGAAGAUCGCAGUAACGACGAGCACGUUGUCAAAGAAGUGGACAAGGAUAUUGUUGUCAAUCCUACGAAGCGACGGAGUAUGUUGCUAUACGUAGUGUUUCCACUCUCCUCAUUUCUUUUGACAGUGGUAACGGGUGUCGGUAUCGCUUGUGAUGCCCCUGAGGAGUGCACCGCUUCGGCUUAUACAGCAAGUACGUCUGUACUUGCAGGACUGUGGGAAUAUGCGCGUGGGGCAUAUCGAAUUUAG